AUGGGCUCUCAACCACAAUCAGACAUUAUUCUCUACACUAACCACAAAUGCCCUUUCGCGCACAGGGCACACAUCACCCUCACAGAACUAGGCCUCCCCUUCAAGGAACAAAUCAUCGACCUCAACACUCCACGUUCGCCAGAGUAUCUCAAGAUCAACCCUCGCGGCCUUGUCCCGACGAUUAUCCACAAUGGCGAGACAAUCACUGAAUCAGCUAUUGUCGCGCAGUUCCUCGUCGACGCCUAUCCUGCCCAAAGCAAGACUCUACUCCCUGCGUCCUCGGACCGUGAUGGGGCGUUGAUCAGAGCCAGGAUCAGUUUCUUUGCUGAUACCUACUCUAGCAAGGUCCAGGGCCAUCUCAGCAAGGCUAUCUACCUUGGAAAGACGGACCAAGAAAUUGAGAGUGCUGUUGAUGAUGCUAUAGCUGGUAUCGUCAAAGAGGUUGAACCUCUUCUCAAGAACGCCGCUCCGUUCUUUGGUGGUAGCGAUAAGCUCACCUUUGCCGAGGUCCUCACUGCCCCGUUCGUCAUUCGAGCACUGUCCCUCUCCAAGCACGGCCUCCUACCGACCAAUCUCUCAUCGCGCCUCGAAAAAGAAACCCCAAACUUUUACAAGUGGGCGCAGGCCAUUAGUAACCAUGCCAGUGUGCUAGAGAUCUACAAUGAGGACGAGAUUGUCCAGGGAACCAAGAACAAGAGGGCCCAGCUCCGAGCCCAAGGCUAG